AUGGGGUCUUCGCUGGCCGAACUCCAAAAGUCCGGUGUUUUCACCGCGAAACUACCGCCAGACCCUGCCUUUGAAACCCCAGAAUCAUCCCACCAGGCGCCGAGGGAGACACUUGGUCCCCGUUUGGUGAAGGGCGCGCUCUACACUUUUGUUCGUCCCGAACCGACCAAUGCGACGGAGCUCUUGGGCGUCAGCCCAAGAGCGAUGAGGGACCUCGGAUUGAAGUCUGGCGAAGAGCACACCCCCGAAUUCGAAGCGCUGGUCUCAGGAAAUAGGUUCAAUUGGACUGAGGAGAGCGGCGGGAUCUAUCCUUGGGCGCAGUGUUAUGGAGGCUGGCAGUUUGGUUCAUGGGCAGGCCAGCUGGGCGAUGGACAGCGCGCAAUCAGCUUGUUCGAGUGCACCAACCCAGACACGCACAUUCGAUACGAAUUGCAGCUGAAAGGAGCUGGGCGAACCCCUUAUUCUCGUUUCGCUGACGGAAAAGCCGUUCUUCGAUCCAGCAUCCGGGAAUAUGUCGUGUCAGAAGCACUCUCGGCACUUGGCGUGCCAACUACUAGGGCUUUGUCCAUUACCCUACUGCCUCAAUCUAAGGUUCUGCGGGAGCGCAUGGAGCCUGGAGCCAUCGUUGCCCGGUUCGCCGAGUCUUGGUUGAGAAUUGGAACAUUCGAUCUUCCGCACGCGCGUGGUGAUAGGGAUACAGUUCGAAAACUGGCUACUUUUGCCGCCGAAGAAGUGUUUCAUGGCUGGGAGGCUUUGCCGGCGAUGGUGUCGUUGGGUAAAGAUCACCCCCCAGAUGCUGUGGACAACCCAGCAAGAAACGUUCCCUGGGAUCAACUACAAAACCACCAGGGCGUAGAAGAAAAUAGGUUUGCAAGACUAUAUCGAGAGAUUGCCCGGCGAAAUGCGAAGACCGUGGCGGCUUGGCAAGCCUAUGGUUUCAUGAAUGGUGUUUUGAAUACUGACAACACAUCAAUAUACGGUCUGUCUCUUGAUUAUGGACCAUUUGCUUUCAUGGAUAAUUUUGAUCCCCAAUACACCCCAAACCAUGAUGAUCAUCUGCUGAGAUAUUCCUACAAGAACCAACCCACCAUAAUCUGGUGGAAUCUGGUUAGGCUCGGAGAAUCUUUAGGUGAACUAAUGGGGGCGGGAGACAGCGUUGACGACCUAUCGUUUGUGAAAGAAGGUUUGGCCGAGGAAUCUAUGCCGGCUGUUGUUGAGCGUGCAGAGGCCAUCAUCGAGCGAACGAGCGACGAGUUCAGGACUGUGUUUUUGAACGAGUACAAACAACUGAUGAGCAAACGGCUGGGACUGAAAAAUCGAAAGGAAUCCGAUUUCCAGCACUUGUUCUCGGAGCUUUUGGAUACGCUGGAAGCCUUGGAACUGGACUUCAAUCAUUUCUUCCGACGACUGUCGCAUAUACCACUCACUGCCAUCGAAACCGAGGACCAAAGGAAAGACGUGGCGCCCGUGUUCUUCCAUGAGGAAGGAUUCGGUGGGAUUGGCUACACCAACGAGACCGCCAAGGAGCGCAUUGGCAACUGGCUCGAUAGCUGGAGGACUCGGAUUCUGGAGGACUGGGGGUCGGACGAAGACCAGCAGAGACAGGAAGCAAUGAAAGCGGUGAACCCGAAAUUCUUGCCUCGCGGAUGGAUUCUAGACGAGGUCAUUGAGCGAGUUGAGCGCCGUGGAGACCGUGAGAUACUGGGACAUGUGAUGCGCAUGGCUCUUAACCCGUUUGAAGACACUUGGGGCUUGGACAAGAAGUUUGAAGAGCGAUUCUGUGGAGAUGUACCCCGAUUUCAAAGAGCUAUGAUGUGCAGUUGCAGCUCUUAA